GACAAAAUGCGAGGGCUAACUUGGCCAUGGAUGUGGCUCCUCUCGAUCGUAAUUGUCGCUGGCCAUGGAGAAAACAACGGACAGGAUGAGGCGCAGCAGCAACCAGUGUUUUUUCACAAACAUUUCACAGCGCCCGUACCAACCACGGGUCUGCUGUAUCCACGCGAAUCAGAGACGCGGGAGGUGCGCAAACUGGACGGAAUGUGGCGCCUACUAAUAAGUCAACCGAGUGACCCGCUGCAAGGGGUGCGUGAGAAAUGGUACGACGAUAGUCUGCACAAGACUGGUCUGGAGAUCAUCCCGAUGCCAGUCCCGGCCUCCUACAACGACAUUACCACGGACAACCUGCGCGACCACGUCGGUACCGUCUGGUACGAGCGAACGUUCUUCGUGUCCCGCGACUGGGAGGAAAAUCGUCGCACCUGGCUGCGUUUCGGCAGCGUCCACUAUGAGGCGGUCGUGUGGAUCAACGGGCAAAAUGCCAUGAGCCACAGCAUUGGGCAUCUGCCCUUUGAGGCGGAUAUCAGCAACCUUCUGAACUUUGGCGGCGAGAAUCGGAUCACAGUCAUGUGCGACAACCGCCUGACUAACCACACCGUUCCCCAGGGGCAGGUAUCCACAGUGAAGACGGACAGCGGCGAGACACCUAUCCAGAGCUACACCUUCGACUUCUUCAACUACGCUGGUAUCCACCGCUCUGUCCACCUGUACACCACGCCCCUCGUCCACAUCAGCGAUAUUGCGAUCAGCACGCAGCUGUCCUCAGACCAAGUGGGACGCAUUGACUACCGCAUCUGGUUAGAUGGCAGCACUGAAGAUUCCACAAUGCAGCCAACGCAUGUUCUGGUUCAGCUGCGGGACAGCGAUGGAGUCUUGGCGGCACAGCAGGUCAACCGCGCUGUCUACAAUGGAACUCUCCUGGUACCAGGCGCGAAGCCCUGGUGGCCCUACCUCAUGCACCCCGAACCAGGCUACCUCUACAGCCUAGAGUUCGAACUAUUCGGGUCCAGCGACGAGGGCGAUGAUGGGGACGAGCUGCUAGAUGCCUACAGACUUCCCGUAGGUAUCCGCACUCUUAGCUGGACGCCCACGAGUCUGCUCCUCAAUGGGAAACCACUCUACCUCCGAGGAUUUGGCCGUCACGAGGAUUCCGAUAUUCGGGGCAAGGGCCUGGACAAUGCACUUCUCGCACGCGACUUUAACCUGAUCAAGUGGGUAGGGGCCAACGCGUACCGAACUUCGCACUACCCCUACUCUGAAGAGUCGAUGCAGUUCGCGGACGAGCACGGGAUCAUGAUUGUCGACGAAUGCUCCGCUGUCAACAUAGAUAUCUUCGAGCCGGAACUGCUGAGCAACCACAUGUCCGCGCUGGAGCAGCUUAUUCACAGGGACCGCAAUCACGCUAGCGUCAUCGCCUGGUCGGUGGCCAACGAGCCGCGCUCCUUCAAGAUGGGGGCCCUCAGCUACUUCCAGGCCCUGGUAAAUUACACGAGGAGCAUAGCCCAGGGACGGCCUCUAACGGCAGCUAUCAAUGCCAGCCCCGAUCCUCCCAAGCAGUGUCACCUGGCCGCGUUACUCGAUAUUGUCGGUUUCAACCGAUAUAACGCCUGGUACCAGAACUCGGGACGCACGGACAUGAUCGUCAAUCUGCUGACAGAGGAGGCCCAGCGCUGGCACCAGAACUUCGGGAAGCCCGUGAUCCUCUUCGAGUACGGGGCUGAUACCAUGGAGGGCCUGCACUCGCUCCCAGCCUACAUCUGGUCCGAGGACUAUCAGGUGGCACUCUUCUCCCAGCACUUCAAGGCCUUUGACAAGCUGCGAAAGCAAAAGUGGUUCAUAGGGGAGUUUGUGUGGAACUUUGCCGACUUUAAGACGGCCCAAACCUACACUCGCGUGGGAGGCAACAAGAAGGGCGUAUUUACCCGCUCCCGGCAGCCCAAGGAGGUGGCCCAUAUACUGCGCUGGCGGUACUUUGCCCUCGCCAAGGAGUUGGACUGGGUCCCCCUGCCCAAGCAUCUGAGUCUGUACAUUUCGAGCUCAGUCAACGGCAACGGGCACGCGCGCACCGAGCUAUAGAGCGAAGUAUUGAAGGAACAAAGCUUUAACUUGGCCAAAAACUACCAGUCAUUUGAAAACUAUUUAUAAUAUAGAUAGGUCUGAUUUAAGUACAUUCCGACUGUAUGCUUUAUUCUUUCUAGGGGAACGGUUUUUCCUUCCCGAACGUAUUCCUGUAUCUACAUAGAUCUCGUGUCCAUGCUUUCAUGGGAUGUAUCAUGUUCACUGCACAACUUAUCCACAAAUAUACCAACUUAUUGACUUACACUA